GUAUGUGUGUGUGUGACGCGUUUUGCAGCCAUGAUUUCUGCACUUCAAAACAUGGAGUCCAGCGCUCGACAUGUUACUCUGUUUUACAUCGCUUUAAUCAUCCUCACUGGUUAUUCGGCGAGAGGAGAGGACGAUAAUGACUGCCCUGCAGAUGGACGCACGUGGCUGCCAUUCGGACGCAACUGCUAUCACUUCAUCCAUGGAGCGGAAGAUGUCGCUAAAAGCUACUCUCUUCAAGAUGCUAAAGACAUGUGCAGAGGAUAUGAGCUUCUGACGGUAAAAAGUGCUGACGAGAAUAACUUCGUUGUUAACUACAGCCCUUCAGUGUGGAAAGGCAAAAUGAACGUCUGGCUUGGAUUGUACUACGACAGCGACAGGGAUGUGUUCAGGUGGCACGAGGACGACAGUGUUUUGGGCUUUAGUAACUGGGAGGACGGUGGUGAUGAUGAAACUGAUCUGCCUCUGAUGGACACGUGUGUCGCUCUUCACUCCAACACCGGCAAAUGGGAAAACAUCAGCUGCACAGACGAGCCUGAGAACGGAGUAGUGUGUCAGACCAAAGCAGUCGUCAUAAGGUCAAAUCAGAGCAAACCUCUGAUGUCGGCUCUGGUCAUCAUCAGCGUGGUGCUCAUUCUGGCCGUUUCUGCUGUCAUUUGGUUCGUCCAACAAAGACACAACCCUGGAUCCUCCAUCCUCAACCUGAUCGAGUAUCAUCCGCCCUUCAGAUCCCCGUCCGCCGAUCAGACCUGUCUGGUGGAGGCUGAGGAAAUCAACGAUAUGCCAUGAAGCUCUCCGCUCACAGAGAGAAGAUUUUUUUUUCAAGACAUUUCUUAAGAUAAUGUCCGUUUCACACCGCACGUGCAAGCAGAGCUGAAGCAGCGCAUGGGGAGAGCAGCAGCAGCGUGCAGGCGUUUGCCUUUCACACCAGAUCACCGGCUGUUGCACAGAUUAUUCUAUUUCUGUCUGUUCUGUCUAGCUACCUAUCUAUAUAAAUAAAUACACUUUAUUUUACUUUUCAUCUGCACCAAGGGCCACGGCAACUUCCUCCCAUGCUGUUUCCUUAACCUGCAAGUCUUUUUUUUUUUCAUACAAAUGAUAUAGAUCCUAAAGAACUGUCUGCUUCUCACCCUCUAUGAGGAGUGUCAGUCAUGUGUUUUCAGGUGCACACAGAAGACAAUCACCUGUGUUAUCACGUAGUUCUGUUUUUGAUUGUCAGGAUGAUGUAGGCCUAUGUAGUUCUAAUAAUAUUUAUACAUGUAGUUCUAAUAAUAUUUAUACAACAUAGUUAUAAGGAUGUUUAUACAUGAUCAAACUAGUGUGCAACUUAAGCAAAACUAAUAUUAAAAUUCGACAUUUUAAUAAUACUAAAUAUUUGCUGUGUUAUUUAAUCGUUCAUUUAAUUGACUAUAUAUAUAUAUAUAUAUAUAUAUAUAUAUAUAUAUAUAUAUAUAUCAGUGGAUAUUAUUGAUGCAUUUAAUGGGUAAAACUGUUAUUUUUUUGUCAUUCAAUAUGCGUUUGGUCAUUAUUAAUGCACUGUCACUUUAAAUGAGCAUGAAGAGUGCAGCAAAAUUAAACCCAGCGCUGAAAUGAUCGCAGCACCACACUCACGUGAUGCUUCUAUGUACGGUAUUAAUUUGUUAACAUAAAUGCUGAAAAAACAUGCGCUGCUAACGCUGUGCUCAUGUGGAAAAAGGUGAUGAAAACAUUUUCUACUGAGUUAUGUCCAGCAUGUGCAUCAAAAAAGUCAUGUGAUUUUUGUUUUAGCAGAUUAUGUGAUGAUGAAAAUUGGCACAAUGUGACGGCGUUAAUAGACAAGCCAAAACAAAAACAUCUGAAAUGUUGUUUUGGUCUAAAAUUCCUCAGCUAAAGUCUGUCAUCACAGUGGUUCAGUAUUAUUAAUUAUUAUUAUUCCUACAAAGAGCAUCUCACAUCUUCAAAAUCAAUUGCAUUCAUUACAAUUCAUCCUCUGAGGCAAAACUCAUUUAUUAUAGAAGAAAAAAAAACACAGAAAACUGAAUUUUUCUGUCUGAUAUUUGGUGCCAGUUUAUCAGGAAGUGACUCGUUUGACUCAUUUUAUGGAAACGCUUCUUUAUUUGCAAACAUUUUAUGGCAUAUUCCAGUGUUGCGCAUGAAUCUAAUUCACAUCUGUGGAUGGAAACACAGAUAGUGACGUAUUGUUUGCAUUACUAAUAUUUUUCUUUUUAGCUGCAGUGUGUCACUUUUGUGAGGUUUAGCUUUAUUGUGUUGGGUUUAAUAUUGGCCAGAUUUUGAAAAAUGUAUACAUUAUAAAUUGUGUGUGUGUGUGUGAACUGGUCUAGCUAUGCUAUACCUGUGAGGGCUUCAUUAUCCCCACUUAAAUAGUAAAUAUACAAGUGAUCCACUAUGAGGACAUAAUUAUUAAUGCUUAUAAAUUGUUCAGAUGUUUUUAGAAGUAUCACACCUAGUAAAAGCAUUGCAUCUAUGAUGUGUUUUAUCAGUAUCAUUGGUCAUCCAUCUAAUGAUCUGCACUUGUUUCUAUGUGAGUUGGGUUUUCGGUUAAGCCAUAGACAGACAGUAUCAGUGACCUGAUAAAAAAAAACAAUAGCAGUCUAUGUAAUGUCAUCACUAAGAUGGGAAAACAAAUCGUGCAUGUGUGUUCACGUGCAUGUGGCUAUUGAAAAAAAAAAGACAGCGGUUUUAUUUCUCACAAUUUAUACUAAAGUGUUAACAAUAUAAUAAAUAAUAUAUUUAUAUGCUAACUACAGACCGGGGGGUUGGGGGGGAGGGGGGUGCGAGAGACAUUAGAUGAACUUGGGGAGUGUGUGUCCUAUAAAGGUUGAAAGCCCCUGAUCUAUAUCAUAAGCUUGUAGUUGGUAAAAAGAAAUGCGUGCCUUGUUUUCAGCUAUGUUUUUAUACAUAAUAAUAAUGAUCGAAGCAUUUAAAAACAAAUGAAAUAGUCCUAAUUUUCAAUCACAAACAAUUAAAACUUUGGUUUAUAAAUAAAAACAGGUUCAUUUCAUUCAAACACAUUAAAUCCAAACAAUCCUGAGAAACUGAAAUAUUUUUUCCGUGUGUGUGUGUGAUGGAUCAAAUGUAUCAUUUAUAUAAAUUUAUAUAAAUUUGUAUAAAUAAUACAAAUACAGAUCUUAUAUAUGAAAUGUAUUAAUGAUAAUUAUAUUUUUAUGUAUAGUUAUAAUUAAACUACAGACACCACUAACAAGCGCUGAAGAGGGCAAAAUGCCAUAUAUUUUGUGCACUAUAUAUUUUAAAAGCGCCUUAAGGUCAUAUUUAGUUUAAUCUUUCUGUGCAAUCAAUCAGAGCUUAUUGAGUGCCAAAUUUUGCGUCCGCUUCUGCUGUGAGAUAUUUUACCACUAACAGAUUAUGAGGACCAGUGUUUCUUUUCUGCCUUUCUCUGCUGAAAAGGUCAUUUUUCUUUAGUUAGUUUGUUAGAUAUGCACAUGUCCUGAUUGUGAUCCUGAUGUUUUUAAAUGUUUUAUGUUGUUGUUGGUGAUUUUCUGAUUCGUCUUUGCCACUAACAGUUAUCUGUAUCUAUAUUGUUAUGAAUUAAACUGUAUAAACAUUGAUUAAGGCUUUAUUUAUCCAUUCAUGAACAAGCCAUUUCUCUGAGAGAAACUAAUCGUGUUGCUCUUUCAAUACAAAUAAAGAUUCGUCAAACGUU